AUGCCUUCGACAAACAAAAAGCUUUUCCGGACGCCAUACUCACUCCUCCGGGAGAAUGACUACCUUCUGCACACGCGUUGCUACGGGCAAGACCGACUGAACUGCUCCGUCAGCGGCGAGCACAUCCCCUACUUUGAGCCACCGCCUCGGCUCGAUCCAAAGUGGCAACGACCUGUCGCAGCGAUCAAGGACAACUCGCUCGAAGGUCGCGUUGAGAAGGCUCUAGAGAGUUUCCUCGUCGAGCACGACCUAUUGGAUCGCGUCAAGGGCCACGUCGAGGCGCUGCAUCGCAACAAGCUGGCGCAAGGUCGAACAAUAUGCACCAAUACUCCGGCGUGCACGGCGACCGUUCAUGACUUGCGCAUUCGAUUCUUUGAGCCUCUUACUAUUGCUCUGCUUCGGCGGUACAAUGGGAGAGGUCUCACGAAAGAGGAAAGGGCCAGUCGCGGUGCCGAGUUCCUCGGCUUCGAACCCCGACUCGACGGUGACGCCCAUAAUCAAACAGCUGGUGGUAUCACGUUCACUCUGAAGCGUAUACGGCAGGGUUACUACGCUCGGGUCAAGAAGCUGUCCCGUAUGGCCAUGUCGUUUGAAGACGAUUCAAGCUUCUUGUCGUUUGGUCUAGAGCGCAACCUACUCGCACGUGGGUGCAAAUUUCAUUUGUACCAAAAGGAUCCGAUCCCGCUCGAUCUGGGUAAAGAAAGCUAUGGCGCCGAGGGAAUGCUCAACAAGGUCAGCAACAGGUUGCGGCGAUGAAAGUUACAAAUUUGAGAGCUGAUCAUUCGAUCCUGCGCAGCUCGCCUUCUUGAUGAUAUCUACUGUUGAGCGGGAUGAGCGGACUGGCCAGAUCAUUGAACUCCCAGUCCGAUUCGGCGUGAUCAUCAGCACUCGUUACAUGAUCCUGGCGGAAGCCGGAGUAGAAGUCAAUGUGGCCGCGCACCAGUCCGCCCGCCGCAGCUCCCAUUUUUUUUUUUGUAGAAAACGUUCAUCAUAUUGCCCCCAAUUCCUGUUCCCCCUGUUUCGGCCUACGGAAAAACUAGAUGGAAGACUACGAUGA